AUGCUAUCCUCCAGGGCUAUGCUGGGGCGCUCAUACUGGCCUAUGCUGGCCAUGCUAAGUCUGCCUUAUACUGGCUAUGCUCAUGCUAUACUAUGCUGGUGCUUCAUACUAGCAUACUCGGAUUCUAACACGGCAUAUACUUUUUCUUUUUCGUAUCCACUGGCAAAAAACCGACGCGCUUGUUCAAAUGGGCCGGGUCUUCGAAUUAAUUGCGAACAUUUUUCUGGACGAUUCGCGGUUUUCGUCUCGCCUACGUCUCGCCAGCACUCUGGAAUUUUCCACCGCGCGUCGCCAUCGGUAAGGUUUUGCUUACUUGGACCAGCAACCGCUUCCGACGGCGGGCGCCGUAAGCUCAGCGCGGCCCGUGAAUUAAUUGCGCCGACCCAGGGGUGUUACAAAAGCAAACGCCUUGGUGGUGCACGAAAAGCGCGCGUGCUGCGCCGGGCAGCGACGACGGGGUUCGGGAGCUCAAAAAAUCCUGCUGGCGGCAUUCUGCGGCGAGACUGUCGAUCACUGCGACUGCGGGGCGCGCCGACUCGAUUUUUGCAUUCCCGGGUUCGAAACUCCCCCGCGCGCGCGACGACGACGACGACGACGACGGCGGCGGCGGCGGCGGCGGCGGCGGCGGCGGCGGCGGCGGCGGCGGCGGCGACGACCGACCUACCGACCGACCGACCCAGAAAAUAA